AAGAAGGUUUGCUGUGCGCGUCUGGUGCUGUGGCACCGUGUGCCAUGCCCACCUGCUCUAUCUCCCGGGUACCCGGGAUCUCUCCUUUACAGCUGGUUUGCACUGGGAUUAGCUGUUCUUUGCAUGAGGUUGUAGCUGUGGAUGUGGUUUCUGUAGUGAUGGGGCCGACUCCGGAGAUCUAUUGGCUGCUGGCUUUGUAAAUUUCAUUCAGUUUGGUCCAAUGGCAGAGGGAGAGCCCCGGAGACAGCAGGACCUCUCUCCUCAAUCUCUCUUUUUCUUGCAGAACCGUCUCUCUCCCUUCUCUGUCUCUUAGCACAGAGCUCUUAUUCAGCCACUAGCUCGGCCCUUCCUGCUUCAAUUGUAAUGCUUGUUCUGCCCGUCCACAGACCAUUGACGGCAGAAACAACGAAUUUCCUCCAAACUAGGCGGUGUUGGUGGCUCUUGCAUUCCUCUGGAUGAGCAAAUCUAGUUGGGGGGCUCCAGAAGGGGAAGGCUCCUGGGCUUUCAAAACAUCCUCCUGAAUCAUACCUCGUUUCGAGUUCCCUAGAAAAAUCUGGACGUGUAAAAAGAACUCUUAACAGCCGAUGCAGCUCUUCCAAAGCUAAGGUUUCUUCUUGACUGACUACCCAGGGCGAGUUGGAAUUGCUGUAUGCCUCUCUCUGAACCCCCAAAUCUUUAGUUGUAAUGAUGAACUUACAUGGAGAGGCUUAUUUGAAACAUCAUUAUAGUGUGGAUGAUAACCUUCUUAGUUUCCACAUCUGAUAUUCCUCCAAAGGCUGCCUUGGAGUUUUCAUGAGAAAUUGUCCCUGGAGGUGUUAAAUGGUCACAGCUUCCUUGGAGCAUUGCAGUUGCUGGAAUCCAGUUUCAGGAUUAAGGGAGGGCUGCCCCCUUGCAAUGGGCUGCCAAGAAAACCGCUGUGCUUGUUCUUAACCUCAGGCUCUGUCUGUGAUCAGUCUGAGAGUCUCUCCCAGGUCUUCUGCUCCCUGGAAAGCCCUGUCUCUCUGCAGGCUCGCCUCUGGGCUUUGUCUCCUUGGAGCCACAUCACUGGGACAGCUGCGGAUGUGGAUGCAGAUUUGAACCAUGUCGCGGCCCCAGGGACUGUUAUGGCUUCCUCUGUUGUUCACCCCAGUCUGCGUCAUGUUAAACUCCAAUGUCCUCCUGUGGAUAACUGCUCUUGCCAUCAAAUUCACCCUCAUUGACAGCCAAGCACAGUAUCCAGUUGUCAACACAAAUUAUGGCAAAAUCCGGGGCCUAAAAACACCGUUACCCAGUGAGAUCUUGGGUCCAGUGGAACAGUACUUAGGGGUCCCCUAUGCCUCACCCCCCACUGGAGAGAGGCGGUUUCAGCCCCCGGAACCCCCAUCCUCCUGGACUGGCAUCCGAAAUACUACUCAGUUUGCUGCUGUGUGCCCUCAGCACCUGGAUGAGAGGUCCUUAUUGCAUGACAUGCUGCCCAUCUGGUUUACUGCCAAUUUGGAUACUUUGAUGACCUAUGUUCAAGAUCAAAAUGAAGACUGCCUUUACUUAAACAUCUACGUGCCCACGGAAGAUGGAGCCAACACAAAGAAAAACGCAGAUGAUAUAACCAGUAAUGACCGUGGUGAAGAUGAAGAUAUUCAUGAUCAGAACAGUAAGAAGCCGGUUAUGGUCUAUAUCCAUGGGGGAUCUUACAUGGAGGGCACCGGCAACAUGAUUGAUGGCAGCAUUUUGGCCAGCUACGGAAAUGUCAUCGUGAUCACUAUUAACUACCGUCUGGGAAUACUAGGGUUUUUAAGUACCGGUGACCAGGCAGCAAAAGGCAACUAUGGGCUCCUGGAUCAGAUUCAAGCACUGAGGUGGAUCGAGGAGAAUGUGGGAGCCUUUGGCGGGGACCCCAAGCGAGUGACCAUCUUUGGCUCGGGGGCCGGGGCCUCCUGUGUCAGCCUGUUGACCCUGUCCCACUACUCAGAAGGUCUCUUCCAGAAGGCCAUCAUUCAGAGCGGCACCGCCCUGUCCAGCUGGGCAGUGAACUACCAGCCGGCCAAGUACACUCGGAUAUUGGCAGACAAGGUCGGCUGCAACAUGCUGGACACCACGGACAUGGUAGAAUGCCUGCGGAACAAGAACUACAAGGAGCUCAUCCAGCAGACCAUCACCCCAGCCACCUACCACAUAGCCUUCGGGCCCGUGAUUGACGGCGACGUCAUCCCAGACGACCCUCAGAUCCUGAUGGAGCAAGGCGAGUUCCUCAACUAUGACAUCAUGCUGGGCGUCAACCAAGGGGAAGGCUUGAAGUUCGUGGACGGCAUCGUGGAUAACGAGGACGGUGUGACGCCCAAUGACUUUGACUUCUCCGUGUCCAACUUCGUGGACAACCUUUACGGCUAUCCUGAAGGGAAAGACACUUUGCGCGAGACUAUCAAGUUCAUGUACACAGACUGGGCCGAUAAGGAAAACCCGGAGACGCGGCGGAAAACGCUGGUGGCUCUCUUCACUGACCACCAGUGGGUGGCCCCCGCCGUGGCCACCGCCGACCUGCACGCGCAGUACGGCUCCCCCACCUACUUCUAUGCCUUCUAUCAUCACUGCCAAAGCGAAAUGAAGCCCAGCUGGGCGGAUUCGGCCCAUGGCGAUGAGGUCCCCUACGUCUUCGGCAUCCCCAUGGUCGGUCCCACCGAGCUCUUCAGUUGUAAUUUCUCCAAGAACGACGUCAUGCUCAGCGCCGUGGUCAUGACCUACUGGACGAACUUCGCCAAAACUGGUGAUCCAAAUCAACCAGUUCCUCAGGAUACCAAGUUCAUUCACACAAAACCCAACCGCUUUGAAGAAGUGGCCUGGUCCAAGUAUAAUCCCAAAGACCAGCUCUACCUGCAUAUAGGCUUGAAACCCAGAGUGAGAGAUCACUACCGGGCAACGAAAGUGGCUUUCUGGUUGGAACUCGUUCCUCAUUUACACAACUUGAACGAGAUAUUCCAGUAUGUUUCAACAACCACAAAGGUUCCUCCUCCAGACAUGACAUCAUUUCCCUAUGGUACCCGCCGAUCUCCUGCCAAGAUAUGGCCAACGACCAAACGCCCAGCAAUCACUCCUGCCAACAAUCCCAAACACUCUAAGGACCCUCACAAAACGGGGCCCGAGGACACAACUGUCCUCAUUGAAACCAAACGGGAUUAUUCCACUGAAUUAAGUGUCACCAUUGCCGUCGGGGCAUCGCUCCUCUUCCUCAACAUUUUAGCCUUUGCGGCUCUGUACUACAAAAAGGACAAGAGGCGCCAUGAGACUCACAGGCGCCCGAGUCCCCAGAGAAACACCACAAAUGAUAUCGCUCACAUCCAGAACGAAGAGAUCAUGUCACUGCAGAUGAAGCAGCUGGAACACGAUCACGAGUGUGAGUCGCUGCAGGCACACGACACGCUGAGGCUCACCUGCCCACCAGACUACACCCUCACGCUGCGCCGGUCGCCAGAUGAUAUCCCACUUAUGACGCCAAACACCAUCACCAUGAUUCCAAACACACUGACGGGGAUGCAGCCUUUGCACACUUUUAACACCUUCAGUGGAGGACAAAACAGUACAAAUUUACCCCACGGACAUUCCACCACUAGAGUAUAGCUUGGCCGUAUUUCCCCUCCUAUCCCUCUGCACCACCUGCUCAGCAACGUAGAAGAGAUGAAGAAAGAGAGAAAGGAAGUCUCCAAACCAGGAAUGUUUUUGUCCCACUGACUUAAGACAAAAAUGCAAAAAGGCAGUCAUCCCAUCCCAGCAGACCCUUCUCGUUGGUGUUUUCCAGUAUUACGAGAUCGACUUCUGACCCUAUGAAAUGUGAAAGGUACACAUUUCUGUUAAAAUACUGCUUUAAGAUCUCUACCACUCCAACCGAUGUUUAGUGUGAUAGGACAUCACCAUUUCAAGGACCUGGGUGUUUCUAACAUCAUGGAAGCAGCUGACACUUCUGAAACUCACCCAAGGACACUGAAUAUUUUUUAAUUACAAUGGAAAUGUAAACAUUUCUUUCUGUGCCACACAAUGGAUGGCUCUCCUUAAGUGAAGAAAGCGUCAAUGGGCUUUUGCCCAGCACAUGGAGCUGUAAUCCAGAGAGAAGGAAACGUAGAAAUUUAUUAUUAAAAUAAAAGAAUGGACUAUGCAGUGAAAUCUGUAUGGUUCUGUGCAAAGAGGUGUUUUGCCAGCCUGAACUAUAUUUAAGAAACUUUGUAAAAAUUAAAAAUGUAUAUAGCUGUGAGUUUAAACAAAACCACAAACAGACAAACAAGAAAAAAAGCUUUUAUUGGUGUUUUCAGUUUGAAAGAGCUUUUAGCAAGGUUGUGCUUUUCAUUGUGCUCUGUAUGUAUAUAAAUAUAUAUAUAUACACAUUAGUCAUAUCAGCUCUGUUUCCUCCCCAACAAAAGAGGCUUUUCUUCUUAAUUACUUGUGGUAAACAAAGACAUGGGAUUUUCUUACAUGAGAUUCUCAUUUGUAGGAGGAUGUGAUGUCCCACAGAAGACCCAGACGGUCUGUGUGGCCUAUUUCCCCCGUCAGGUUGCACAGGUGCAUGCAAGAGCAUUCUUAGGAGACCAUUGUUUUGAAAAACUUUGACUCGUAUGUGUUAGCCUUCAUGAAAUUGCAGUACAGAGAUGAGUCCCCAAAGUGGAAUGUAUUUACAGCUUGUUAAAUUAGAGACAUGCACACACAGAGAAUCAGCAGGGAGAAACAAAAAUACAAGUCCCAUUCUGUAGCUCUGGCCCUUUGAAUAUGUUUAGGAAGAGUUGCUUCCCAUUUCAGGGCCCUGCCAAAAAAAGAAGAAAGCUUGCCUUUGGUGGGGCUAUGCCCCGUGGAGUAAAUACGGCUCUGUGUUCCCUAGCAGCUGCGGGAGGGUUUGGCCGAUGAAGUACCUGCUCAGCUUAGCUAAUCAGAUUGAAGGAAGACAUGUGUCUUUCCUUUUUGUUUAGGCACUCGGUCCCUUAUUUUUCAGUAAGCAGGUUUUUAAAAAUUUUUUGUAUCAUUUAUGGGAUCAAACAAAUGAUUGUCUGAAAAUAUCACUUUUUGUGAAUUUGUAUAUCUGGUCACCAAAUGAUGAAUAUUAUAGAAGAAUGGGGGAAGAAAAGGAUAGAACAUUAAAACUGCUUUGCAUGGGUUUUCUGGGAAAUUAGGAUAACUUCACUGAGAAGACAUUGAAUGGAAAUUAUUCACCCAUUUUAAAUUGGUGACCUAGGGAUCAGAGAUUUUUCUUUCCAAUAGCUUGUCAUUUUCUCAUUUCUCUUCUCAUUUUCAGGAAAGUUUUGAGUGUUAUAAGGUGGAAGGAAACAUAGUAGCAACGGUUACUUUAUAUUUUGUCUUUCAAAAAUUAUUGCAUUACCAAGAAACAGUAGCCAAAGAUAUUUGAAGAUCAUGUCCCUCGGCUCCAUUGUGGAUUAUUCUAGAAAUCCAGUCUUAAAUCUCUCUGCUAAAGUGGACAUUCCUCAUAAAAAUUGUCCAGCUGCCUGGCUCUUUUGCAGUAACAGCCUUUCAUUACUGAAUCCCUACACUCAAACUAUAGUGAUGUAUCAGUGUUUGAGAGUGACCUCUAGAAGAAAGAAAAGUGUUUUUAGAAAUGCAUAAAAGUCAUCCCCAAAUGCUAUUGCUUAUCUUGGGUUAAAUUUGAGAGUGAUUCUCUGUAUAUAAAUAUGUGAAAUAUUAUUAUCUCAACUUAGCACACGUGAAGCAACAUUUCUGUCCUACAGAGAGGUGUCAUGGUAAGAUUUCAUUCCCAAUUCAUUGUUUCAUAGAGCUAUGAUCAGGCCAUUUCUGCAAGCAGUGUAUGACCCCACCUGAGCAACCACAAAUAGGCUCUCCGUGAAACUACAAAGGAAGUGAUGUGUGGCACCCAUGCUGGUUUCGUCUGUCUGUAAUGUGAAUUCCAGUAUUUGUUUAGUAUUUCCAAUUGUCUCCUGCUAGCAAUAUGUACAGUAACGCGUCAGGCUUGUGACAUUUGAAUAAGGAAAAACAGAGUUCCUGUUAAGUGAAUAACUUUAGCUUUUACAGGGGAUUAUGAUCAAAAGUGAUUUAGUACAUCUUAAAUGAUAUCUUAUUUCUACAUGGAAAGAAGUUAUAGAAUCUUCAUAGAGUUCUAUGAGAAAAAAAUAUACUUGCUAUCUAUGAAAAAGAGAAAAAAGAAAAAAAAUGAGAAAAAUAAGAAAAAAAAAAUCGUUUCCUAGGCUUUUAUUCUUGAUCUUCAAAGGCACGCAGGGUUUAAUGGUUCCUUGGGUUAUUAUUUUGCAAUUUUGUUUUUUAUUUUGCCUUAAGUAAUGAUAGAAGAUAUAUAUGGCCGGACACAUAUGUAUAAACUUUUCAGCAGCAUUUUUAAUAAUAAAAUAUCACAGUAUUUUCUAA